AUGGCCAAGUUAAAGUUUCCAGUAGUGAUCGGAGAAGUAGAGCUUAUCUCACCGGAGUCACCAACUCCGGCAGAGUUCAAGUACUUAUCAAACCUAGACAUCCAAACCGGUCUCCUUGGCCAUGUCCCCUUCAUUCAUUACUAUAUUUCACAGCACACCAGUGAACAACGUGAUCCAGUGACCGUCCUCCGGCGAGCUUUGUCUAAAACCUUGGUGCAUUACUACCCUCUAGCCGGCCGGCUGAGGCCUGGUCAUGAGAAAGGUAAGUUCUUAAUGGACUGUUGUGCUGAAGGUGUUGUUUUCCGAGCUGCCGACGCUGAUGUCACGUUGGAACAACUCAAGACAGUCUCAGGCGGGCUCCGGCCACCGUCUCCGUAUCUCAGCAAGUUCCUUGUUGAUGAUGUUUGGGGUUGUCACUUCAUCACAAACUCUCCACUACUACGUAUGCAGGUGACAAGGCUACGUUGCGGGGGUUUUGUGCUUGCAUACACAGUGAACCAUUGUGUGUGUGACCCUCAUGGCUUCUAUCAAUUCAUCAGAGCAGUGUCCGAGUUCGCACGUGAACCGAACCGGUUCGGUCCGACCCAACAGGCGGUUUGGUCUCGUGAACUCCUUCGCCCUUGUAACCGUCCCAAACCUUCGUUUCCACACCUGGAAUACAACAUGGAUCCGAACCCGAAUGAUCCCGCACCCGAAUCCGAUUUCCGUAACUUAACCCAAAUCUCGAUUUUCUUCACUCGAUCCGAGAUCUUGGCCUUGAAAUCCCAUAUCAACGGUCCUAAAACCACGACCCAUACCGCAAUAAUCGCGUUGCUCUGGCGGGCUCGGACCCGGGUUCUUGGUUUAAAAUCCGAAACCCGCCUUUUCAUACCCAUUGAUACACGUGGACGCCACCAGCCACUCCUUCCCGUAGGCUACUACGGUGUAGCCAGCGUCAUCCCUUGCACGAUCGUGCCCGCUAAGCAACUCGGGUCCCGCCUAUCGGAGCUGAAACGCUACGGAUCCGAUAAAGAUUACCGGGCUUCGGUUGUGGAUUUUUUCGAGGCCCAUGGGCCAAGAGGGUUUAGCGGUGGAGAAGGUGCUUUCCUGGUCUCUGACGUGAGCAAGCUAAGGUUUGCUGACGUGGAUUUUGGGUGGGGCCCGGGUGUGUAUGGUGGUCUCGCGAGAUCAGGGACAACGGACAUUCCUGGGAUGGUGGCGUUUUUGGUGGGUUUUAAAAGGGAGGAUGGGGUUGAUGGUUUGCUAGCGUUGCUCUCGUUGCCUCGCGGGGCAGUGGAUGCGUUCAAGGAUGAAGUCCAUAAUGUGAUCAACAGCUUUAAGAUGAGAUCUGGUCUUUAAUUAAGAUUAAUCAGUAUAAAUGAUGAGCUAAUAAUUAAAUAAUUUGUGAGUUUCUCAAUUAUAUUAAUCUCGGGUUAAUAUGUAAUGCACACUAGUAGAGUCUUGUACUCUCUGUUGUUCUCCUGUUUGCUUACAAUAAAUUUGUGAUUUAUUCUUUUAUUUUUUA